CUGGGGGUGCAGACUGCUUCUACAAACACUUGUGAAAGAACGGGUCGCUCUCGGGAGCUCAGUGAAUUCAAGCGUGGUACAGUGAUAGGUUGCUACCUGUGCAAUAAGUCUAUCUGUGACAUUUCUUUGCUACUAAAUAUUCCACGGUCAACUGUUAGUGGGGUUAUAACAAAGUGGAAGCAACUGGGAACAGCAACUCAGCCAUGCAGCCACCUCGACUCUAGAGCAGUGGAGACGUGUUGUCUGGAGUGACAAAUCACACUUCUCUGUCUGGCAAUCCGAUGGACGCAUCUGGGUUUGGCGGUUGCCAGGUGAACGGUACUUGCCUGACUGCAUUGUGCCAAGUGUAA